AUGAGUUACUCAGGGACACUUUUAUCUGCCAAGAAACUCGGUGUUUUGAAGCAAACUUCGCUCACCGCAUUCGCCGAAGAAUCUAAUGAUGGGACACCAUUCGCUGGAUUGUUAAAGACAUUCAGAAGACACCGAAUCAUAAUUGUGCCGUAUUCUGUACCAAUAAUUAUAUUUGUGUUACUGAAUGGAUACCACGAAAAACAGAUUGGAAGGAAAAAGUUUCGUGAAUCUAUGGCAAACUGGAUUUCGUUAGCAAUACCACCAAAUUCUAUGGGCCUUAGCAGUGAAAUACAGUACGAUUCAGCAAUUGUAGCAAUGUUCUGGAACUCUUUCCGAAGGCAUGAGUACGUGUUGAAUGACUGGAUAUCGCGAACCACCAUCGUUUCUGAUCCGUAUUCGUCGCGAUGGCCACCACCGCCGCGGCCACCACCGCCGCGGCCACCACCGCCGCGGCCACCACGUCGUGCAAGUGGUGGUUAA